UGUUUUUUUUUCGUUUUCGCUUAUAUUUUCGUCUUUAACGCAAAAAAUAAAAAAAUUUCUCUAAUACCCGCAUGUGCAAAUGGAUUUUUAAAGGAUUACAGAUCCAUUAUCAUAUUAAAUAAGGAUUUACUUAGUGCCACAGUGUUUGUGUAUGCGUGCGUGUGCCUGUUUAUGUUCGUGCGUGUGUGUUUGUUGGUUGUUACAAAAAAGCGCAUACAUAACUCCUCAAAUUUACGUACAUAAAUCUAAAGAAUUAUUUUACGUAAAUAUUAUAACACGAGAAAUUGAAAUUUUAAACAUUUUCAAGUGAACUUAUUUUUUCAAUCAUCAAUAUUGAAUAUGAAGGCAAUAAUACCUUUUCUGUGCCUUUGCGUCACAGUAUUGGCUGAGUUAUCUCACGCCUCGUUACCAGAUUGCGUACAUCCAGCCUCAGCGGCUUACACCUUACAUGGCCCGCAGGUGAAAUUUUCUGUAACACCUAGCCAAAGCGUGUACACUCAUUCCGAAAGUGACAAAUAUCAAUACGCUUCAGAAGGUUCAUCAUCUGUUUCCUAUGAAUCUUCAGCGGGCCUAAGUGGUUAUUCCCAUGGUAGAGGAGGUUUAGAUAUUACUAAAUAUGUGACUCCAAUAAAAACCGUAUCUUAUCAGCCAUCAGUAACAUACGCUAAAGGAGGUGGCGUUACAUAUGCUGAUAAAUCGCCUGCUUCGAAAUAUGCUGCUGUCGUCCCUUCUGGCAUAGAAUUUAAAAAUCUAGUAACACCUGUUAUUUCAGCAAAAGUUGCAUAUCAAAGCCCCGGUUAUUCCUAUGGCCAUUCAGGGCAAGGGUUUUCUAAAAUAGAAACCUACGCCAACGAGCCGGCAAUUGCUACUAAACUUGAGUCUUUUACCUCACCUGAAUAUACAUUCACUAAAUCAUCCCCCGGUUUUACGAAACUAGAAACAUACAGUUCACCUGGAUAUGUUCCAUUUAAUGCUUAUGCACCCAAGGUUUCGUAUGGAACUCCAACUAUAGCCAAGCUUUCCACUUAUGCCCACGGUAAUACUUUUGCGGCGCAACCGCUCGUCACGAAAUCUGUUGUCACUGCACCUGCUGCUCUUUUGUCUUAUGCUCCUUCUUUAACAAAAACUUACUUAUCCAGCAACGACGUCAGCAGUUAUUCAAAAGAGCAAUAUGGUGGUCUGUCUCAUCAAUAUGUCUCACAACCGGCCAAGUAUGUUUCAGCUCCAGCUGCUUCUCAUUAUGUACCAACUCCCGCUCAAAUAACGAGUGUUUCAACUCAUGGAGCCCAAUACAUUGAUGGGGGAGCAGUAUCGCAUCAGUAUGUUUCACGACCCGCAUUACAAGUGACAGCACAUGUUCAACCCGCAAAAAUAGCUGCGAUAGCCACUGCGCAGCCUGUUCACCAAGCUAUUGUAACCCCCGCAGUAACGAAAAUCACCACUUUGUCCAGUGGAUCAUCAGUGGGUAAGCUCGGCACUGAAGGAGCUUUUUCACACCAGUAUGUUUCGAAGCCACCUGCUCAAGUACUAGCCUACGCCGCUCCUGCCGUAACCAAGGUCGCAACAUAUACUGCUCCCGUGGCAUCAGCGAUCCCCCAGUAUGUUUCAGUACCAGCUGUAACAAAAUUAGCAGCCUAUUCCGAUGAAACCGCCAGUCAUUAUUCAGCUGCUGGAGGUGCAGUAUCUCACCAAUAUAUUUCCAAGCCGGCCCCAUCUAUUGCUUAUGCUGCACCUGCUGAAAUAUCACCAGUGGCUGCUCCAGCGUUCACUCAAUACGUUUCCACUCCUCCCGUUGCAAAGGUUGGAGCAGUUUAUGCUGGACGCGAUGCUAACCAUUAUUCGGCUUCCGUAGGAGCUGUAUCGCAUCAAUAUGUUUCUAAGCCGGCGCCGCAAUUAGUCGCUUAUGCAGCUCCGGCGGUGACGAAAGUCGCUACAGUUGCUAGUCCGGCUGUUACUCAAUAUGUUUCAGCUCCAGUCGUAGGUAAAGUAGCUGCAUUCCCAAUCCCAGCUUCUUCACAUCAGUACUUCUCUAAGCCUACUGCUCGAGUGGUCUCAUACGCUGCUCCAGCGACAGUUGUCGCUCCAGCCGUAACAAAAGUAGCUCCAGCGGUUGCUCCAGCUUUUGCUAAAGCAGCAUAUUCUGCAGAGGGUGUUGGCCAUUUUACAGCUUCUGAGGGAACGGCUGUAUCACACCAAUAUGUUUCAAAACCGGCCCCUCAACUAGUUUCAUACCCUGCUUCGGCCAUAGCAAAAGUAGCCGCUGUUGCAGCGCCCCAACUAGUCUCAUAUACAGCCCCAACUGUGGUCAAGGUAGCCCCGGUCGCUGCCCCAGCAGUUACUCAGUAUGUUUCAACACCAAGUAUUACAAAAGUGGCUACAUAUUCCGGCGAAGGUGCCAGUCAUUUUUCUGCCGCGUCGGUAGGAGCUGUAUCCCAUCAAUACGUUUCUAAACCUGCAGCGCAAUUACUGUCAUACGCUGCCCCUGCGGUUACGAAAGUAGCUGCAGUUGCUGCUCCCCCUGUAUCACAUUACAUUUCAGCGCCAGCAGCGAUAAAAGUUGAUUCUUCCUAUUCAGGUCAUAGUGCCAACCAUUACUCGAGCGCUGGAGGGGCUAUAUCUCACCAAUAUUUUUCAAAACCGGCACCUCAAACUCUUGCUUACGCGGCUCCCUCUCCAGCUACUCAUGGCGUUCAAGUUGUUGUGGCUCCCGCGAAGCUAGCAGUAUCGGCUGCUCCAACGUUAACGCAUGCAGCCGCUGGUCCAGCAUUAACGAAAACUGCAACCUUAGAAACGUCUGCAAUAAAGAGUGUUUCUUCGGAAGGUGCAAUUUCUCACCAAUAUAUUGCAGCGCCAGCUGCCUUAGUCACUGCACCAGCAAUCACAAAAGUGGCACCAGCGUUGACAUAUGGAGCAAAAAUAGCAGCUUAUGGCGGCACUGGUGCUGGAAAAUAUUCAGGAAGUGGUUCACAUGUCAGCAGUAUUGGCUUGCUUUCUCAUCAGUACGGAGGCGGUGCUUUCUUAACUAAGUCAGUCAUACCUUUGGUUUCACAAGGCGUGGCUUCAGUAACUAAUAAGUUCGGGGUAGUGGGAGACAUUAAAACUCUACAGUCCGGUAGUCUACAAUCACACGCAGGCAGUUAUUAUGGAGCUCUUGCGAUAGGCCAUCCUACAUAUGGGUCGUCUCCAGCGUCCUAUCACGGUCCUUUGGCACAUUCAAUACACUUGUCGGGCUCCUCCAGUGGUCUACAAAAAAGUUCCCUUGACGAUUUGAGCGGUUAUGCCCACGGUAUUGGCGGAAUAGGACCACAUGGUGCUGGAUUUUAUCGCUACGCUCCAGCUACGCCAGCAUUAGCAUCUCAUGCGUAUACACCUGCAACCUACUUGAAAGCCGUGCCAGCAGUUAAACCAGCUGCCCUCAAAAUCUUAACAGAAAAUCAUUUAGAAUACUUUGAUCAUCACCCCCGUUACGCCUUUGAAUAUGGCGUCAAUGAUCCCCACACUGGUGAUAUAAAACAUCAACGUGAAGAACGGGACGGUGAUGUGGUUAAAGGCGAAUACUCGCUAGUUGAACCAGAUGGCAAUGUGCGCACAGUCAAAUAUUACGCCGACUGGGAAACGGGUUUCCAUGCAGAGGUCAUCAACAGUCGAGAUUCCACAAAAACCCUUACCAAGCGUACUACGAAGAAAGCGUAAUUAAGUGAAAGAUCCUCUUCAAUCUCAAUUAGGACAUACUAAAGGAACUCCAUGCGCCAUGAUAAAUUUCAACCGAACUCUACAUGUGGUUGAUAUUAUCUCCGAAUCUUUUAUUUAACAAAAAAGGAACAUUAAUUUUUUUCAUAUAUUCAUUUAAUGAAGCAAGUGACGUGAACUCGUGCACGUAAAAAUGCUACGUAUUAAAAUUACGGCUUUCUCACUUGAUGAGAAGGGAGUUCAUCAGACGCUUGUAUCCCUUAUUUAUAUCCAUUCAUAACAAACAGAAAAAUAUUGUAUCAUUCCUGGGCUUAUGUAUCAUUUAUGGGUCUUCUCCUAUUU